CCCCUCCGCUGGCGUCCGCAUCGUGGGGCCUUCUUACCUUCCAAUAGCGCCCUUCGCUCGGCGUCUGAAUCACCUCAUUCUCAAACUGAAGUGCUUUAGCCCAUAUUUUUUUAUCCUCUUCUUCAUCGGCCCGGUCGCCCAUUUCGAUUCCCGUCACUCCGCGGGAAACUGCAUUAUUAUCUACAUACCUCUAGUCACCGCUCCAGCUGGAUUGACUCACAGUGUACCCAUACAGCUCGGAUAUCAUCGCUUCAAGCAUUCUCGCUGGACGCUGUUCAUCAACGACUCCAAACCGAGUAUCCCGCACUCAAAAUCUCACCACUUACAACCAUCACCAACAUCACCACCACCAAACUCACACACCCUUAACCACAACCCAUACAAACAAAUGAAAAUGUCUUCAAUCCGCCUCGCAACAGCAUCCCCCGCAACAGCCCCAACAACAUCCCAAACCCUCUCCGACAUCGCCUCCCUCGCCCACCGCGCCUCCUCCUCCAACGCAGACCUCCUCCUCCUGCCCGAAGCCUACCUCGGCGCAGGCUACCCCCGCGGCGCCUCCUUCGGCUCCAAAAUCGGCUCCCGCGCCCCCGAGGGCCGCGACGAGUUCCUCGCCUACUUCAACGCCGCCGUCGACCUCGGCGACACCGUUGGCGACGCGGGCGCGGGAGGCGGCGACAAGUGGGUGAAGAAGCAGCUCCCCGCGCAGCACGCCGCCGGCGCCAAAAUCGAAAGGGGCGAUGGGUCCAGAGAGGAGCUGGAGAAGAUUGCCGCGCAGACGGGCGUGUUUCUCGUCGUCGGGUGCAUUGAGCGCGCCGGCGGGAGCUUGUACUGCGCCGUUGUCUACGUCUGUCCCAAGCUGGGUAUAAUUGGAAAGAGACGCAAAGUGAUGCCCACCGCAACGGAACGCCUCAUCUGGGCCCAAGGCUCCCCCGCAACCCUCCGCGCCGUCUCGACAACAAUCAAGGGCGUCCGCAUCAACCUCGCCGCCGCAAUCUGCUGGGAGAGCUACAUGCCCCUCCUCCGCCAAUCCCUCUACGCCCAAAACAUCAACCUCUACCUCGCCCCCACCGCCGACGGCCGCGACACCUGGCUGCCCCUCAUGCGCACCGUCGCCUGCGAGGGCCGCUGCUUCGUCGUCUCCUCCAACAUGGCUGCCAGGCCCCUUGCCACCAACACCACCACCGCAUCUCCAACAACAACGACGACGCAGGCGCAGAACAACAACAACGACAGUGGUAUCGAAGACGCAGAAGACGCCCAAAUUUACCCCCCUCGCGCGCGCCGCAACUCGUGCCUCACAGAAGACGGCAACGAAAUCGCUCUCCCCGGCAACAGCACCAGCACCAGCACCAGCACCAGCACCAACGGCACAACCCCCGCACCCAAGACCAAAACGACCUCGAAAGCGGCCCUCAAGUCAGAAGACUGGGUCUCCCGCGGCGGCUCCUCCAUCGUCGGCCCCUUUGGCGACGUCCUCGCCGGACCGCAGUGGGAGGACGACGAGGGCAUCAUCUACGCCGACGUCGACUUUGAAGACUGCAUUCGCGGACGGUUGGACAUUGACGUUGGAGGAAGCUAUUCGCGCAACGACUCCUUCAAGUUUUCCGUCGAGGGGUUGGAUCUGGACCCCUUGCCGUAUUAA